CCAGCGCGACGUGCGCCUCUCAGCAAGACCAUCCUCCCAGCCACUGGGUGUGUUCAGCUGCUCACUCGAGAAGAUUUAUUUCCCUCAUCUGCCAGGGAAUGAAAACGAGAGUGGCGGCCUCAAUGUUCCGCAGGUGAAACGUGUGAGUGGCGGUGGAGUGCUCAAAGGCGUGACGAGGCCGAUUUCGCCCGAGUCGAGAAGUUCGGGCGGGAGUCGAUCUCCUGACACGGGAGGCCGAAGGUAUAAGAUCGCUCUUCCACGGCCGAGAACUUUGCAAUUGGAUAAAACACUGAUGUUUGUGGGAAUGUGAAGUGUGCCAGGACGCUGUGGAAUUGUCAUAUUGAAUUGCGUAAUCUAUAGGCGAUAGAACUCCAAAGCAAGAGAGAUAUAUAAACAAAAUUAAACGAUCUUCAGAAGGACUAGACUUAGAAAUGCUCUUCGGGACGUUUUUUCUGGUUGUCUCUUCUGUUGCAGUACAAGCUAUUCGACAUGACGGACUUGGAACUGACGCUUUCGGGAUGGAUGGCGCCACUGGAGUUGCCAGAGACGAUAUGGCGACUGCCAUGGACCCGGUGGUGAUGUCUCAGCUCCGACGGACCGUGAAGCAGAUCAUAUCCGAACAGAGCGAUGUCAGGCCUGCCAACUCCUCAGGGUCCAGGACCAGAGAAGUCUACGAUUUCACGAGAUCGUUCCACGUGGGGACGAGUUGCCACGACAUCCGGGCGACGCAGGGAGCGACGCGCAGCGGCGUCUACCUCAUCCAUCCGCCCAACCUCGUCCAGGGUCCCUGGAAAGUCUUCUGCGACAUGGAGAACGAGCAGGGAGGCUGGACCGUUUUCCAGGUUCGAGACGACGUGGAGCCGCACGAAAACUUCAUGAGAGGCUGGGAAGAUUAUAAAGUUGGCUUCGGAGACUUCGACAGGGAAUUCUGGCUGGGCAACAUCCUCCUGUGGGCUCUCACGAACGUCGACAACGAGACCAGCUACGAACUCCACAUCGAACUGGAGGACUGGUCUGGCAACAGGAGAUUUGCACGGUAUCGCGGCUUCAGGAUUGGGUCCGAGCGAGACGCCUACAGGCUCUACCAUGCCAACGUGUACUUUGGAAACGCAGGAGACUCAAUGUACUCGCACAAUGGACUGCCGUUUUCAACCUUCGACGUCGAUAACGACAACAGAGACGGAGAUUUCGUCGAAAGAAGUUGCGCUCGACUGUACAAGGGAGCGUGGUGGUAUGGAAACUGUCACGACGCUAAUCUGAACGGUUGGUACCUUGGGGGCCCUCAUCGCUCCUUCGCUGAUGGAGUCAACUGGUAUACGUGGACGGGAUAUAACUAUUCUCUCAAGAGAACAAUCAUGAAAUUCAGGCCGCAGCCUACUGGACCAAUACCUGUAGGAUUCGAUACCUUUAUAGUAGCCAACAGGCGCCGUCGCAUGGACGAAUCCGCGUUCGUUACAACGACGACCACCAAAAAGCAUAGUACCAUUGAUGGCAAAUACGAUGUACCUGAGUUGAUGUCUUCGAGAAACACGCUCUCCAAGCAUGAGUUGUGAUUGGACGUUGGGAUCGAAACGAACCGUGAUUGGCUGAUGGAAUCGUAGAGCGGAGUUCAGUGACGACAAGAUGCAGUUGGUCAGUAAGACCCCUCGAAGCACGUCUUACCUUUAUGCUUUUGUUGUACAUGUAGCCUUAGACAUAAUGGCACUUAUUUAUUUGACCUGAUACAGGUGUUGUACAAAGUAUUUAUUGGACAGUUUGUUCACUGACAUAAGCAAAUACACAGACUGACUUACUUAACUGACUUUUAUGACUUAACUGAUGAAUGCCUCACCUUUGGGACUUAUUUCGACCUGUCUCCUUUCCUGUCGACGUGACUCUUGCAACUGACAUUGAUCGGUCUGACAUUCUGACACUAGAUGACACCAAACGUCUUAUCGAAUGCUAAAACAUCAGUCACCGCUUUCCAUCACGAAUUUGAUCUCUAAAACGCUUCACGUUCAAUUGGCUGAAAAGUCCUGAUACCUGGAAUGAACUCGACUAACUGGUGUUAUAAAUUGUACUGUAUAGACUGACUACUAGACUCGUCUUUCUACCAUUACAUGUUAAAGACUCCCUUCAGAACCAGCAUGAAAAGUCAUCAUGACUGAAGAGGCUACAAUGACAAAAUGGUGCGACAUCACAGUGACCAAUACAUAAAUUGACCCUCCAGGUAUCCUCAGGAGCUGGCUUUGAUUUUCGGCUUAAAGACUCUAUGUGACUUUUCGAUGACACACAUGAUAAAAUGCUAUAUUAGGAGACGGCACUUUCGUUGCUAUGUCUAACAACAAGUGAAUGAAUGAAUGCCGUUCUGACUGACAAUCUGCGAACACUCGGUAGGAGACAGGACAAAAGUCCACUGUGGUAAGAAGUUUUUACAGACAAGAAUUUAAUAGGGAAGACAAUAGAGAGAAGGGACUUCCUUGGGACUUCCUAGGAAUGGUGGGGAACUUUACAGGUGAUGGGCAGGACCAGGACUCAUGUUGUUACGUUGCUGAAUCGAACGAUACAUUAUAUUAGUGACUAGCUCGAUUAACUUCAACACAGUACUUGACUAACGUAUGAUUUACUGAAUACCGAUUUGAUUUUUUACAUAUCGAACUACUGUACUGAGAUUAAGGACUCUUGUUUAUGUCAUUGGCCCAAGUAACGUAGCCCUGCACAAAUAGCAAAGUAGGUGUUCACUUGUAAAAGGUUUCGUGACUUCCAACAUGCUGAUGAUUCACAAUGCAUGUUCCUGUGGCAGUCAUGAGUGGAUGGAAACCUACCAAUUCAAAAGUGCUUUAUAAAUAUUCUGGUCUAAUUUACCGAAGAAAUGAACUUUAUCCUUUAUUUCAUAAGAUAUGAAAUGUGUGAUUCUGAAGUUCUGGUUUGUGAACUAUAACAUAACUUAAUAACGGGGUCACACAAUGGUUACAACUACGUAUUUAAAGUUUCAGUAGUAGUAAUGUAUAUGACAUAAGACAAAAUGACCACAUUUGGCAACACUAUUUCUCCAGCCUCCAAAAAGAUGACACAUUAAGACGCAGUGACCACAUAUAACAACACUAUUUCUGCAACCUUCAAAAAAUAUGACACAGUGUGACAAUGACCACAUAUAGCGACACUAUUU